AUGUAUUAUUUACAGGAGAAAAUUGGUGAAUUCUUCAAGAGUGGCCAUACAAAUAAUUGGGCUGUGCUGGUUGAUACAUCUAGAUUUUGGUUUAAUUAUAGACAUGUAGCCAAUGUUUUAUCUAUAUAUAGAAGUGUAAAGAGAUUGGGUAUACCUGACAGUCAUAUUAUAUUAAUGGUGGCAGAUGAUAUGGCUUGUAAUCCUAGAAAUCCUAGACCAGCUACUGUAUUUAACAAUGUAAAUCAACAUAUUAACGUGUAUGGUGAUGAUGUAGAGGUGGAUUAUAGAGGAUAUGAGGUAACGGUAGAGAAUUUUAUUCGUGUAUUAACUGGUAGAUUACCACCCAGUACUCCGAGAUCUAAACGCCUACUAUCUGAUGAGAGAAGUAAUAUAUUGGUUUAUAUGACUGGACAUGGAGGUGAUGGCUUUCUCAAGUUUCAAGAUGCUGAAGAGGUUUCUAAUGUAGAAUUAGCUGAUGCUUUUGAACAGAUGUGGCAAAAGAGAAGGUAUCAUGAGUUAUUCUUUAUGGUUGAUACAUGUCAAGCACAGUCAAUGUUUCAAAAAUUUUACUCUCCCAAUAUACUAGCUGUUGCUAGCAGUCAUGUUGGCGAGGACUCAUUAUCGCAUCAUGUAGAUCCAGCUUUAGGUGUAUAUGUGAUAGAUAGAUAUACUUUCUAUGCCUUAGAAUUUCUAGAAAAAGCUAAACCUGGUAGUAAAAAGACUAUGGGAAAAUUUUUAAAAGUAUGUCCUAAACACCAAUGUAUAUCAACAGUAGCUGUUAGAACUGAUCUAUUUAAUCGUAAUCCAGAUCAAGUUUUAUUAACUGAUUUUUUUGGUAGUGUAAGAAAUGUAGAAAUAUUAUCACACUCUGUAUUAUUACCUAAUAUAACUAGUAAAUCAUCACACUGUAGGUAG